CUAACUUCGGCACUCUCGCACUUUUCUUGCUAGAGCAUCAUGGAAGCCAAUGUGACAUGCCCGACUGAGGGAGGUCUCGCAGACGAUGGAUUCAACCCAUCCUUUAGUUUAAAUGAGUUGAUUCUCGAUCCUUCAUCCAACAUGCAUAUCUGGGGGUGGUUAGGAUCAGGAUUGCUGGUGGUUAUCACUUGGAUCCUGGCUGUGCACACCAUCAUGGUCCACCUGACCCAUUACAACAAUAAGAGUAUUCAACGGCAUAAAGUUCGAGUAUUAGCGUAUCCAGCAGUUUAUUCGACGUUGGCAUGGGUGUCGUAUCUCAAAUAUGGAGCGUCCACCACCAUCAUGUUCUUUGCCGUCUUGUUCGAAUCGUUUGCCGUUUACAACCUGUAUGCACUGCUCAAAGCUUACUUGGAACCCUAUCGACUCCAGAACGCUUCCAUGCCCAAGCAGGCGGUGACAACCAAGGUGCUUGGUCUUAAAACAAUUACUGUCCAAUCCAAAUGGGGUCUCCAUUUUUCAACCAUUAUGGACAUAUGCGUCUUUCAGUUUCCAAUAUGGAAUAUCAUCUCGGCCUUCAUAUCCAUUAUGACCGAACUCCAUGGCUACUAUUGCCCCAAUUCCUUUAGUCCUAAAGGAGCCUAUGUCUGGUUGACCGUCAUCAAUUUCUUUUGCCUUUCCUUGAUUUUGGGUGCGCUGUUCACUUACCUCGCAGUAUACCAUAACGAAUGGAAAUUAGGAGCCAUCCAGGCCCACGGUUUGUUCUGGUGCGUCAAAGGACCGAUCAUGAUCAUCUUCUACUUCGGUACCAUUUUGCUUUCUGCCUUGACUACCUUCCAUGUUAUCAAGGACGUUCCUCCUGCCAAUGGAGGUACGUAUUGGCCAGCCGCUGCGAUUAAAAACGGUUACGAAGCUAUCAUUGUCUGCUUUGUGAUGGCCAUCGACGCCGUGUUGAUGAUGAAAUACUACGGAAUGGAUGAAGAGGACUAUUUUGAUCACAAGGACGAGCAUUUGAACUUCUUCAUGGCGUUUGUAGACGCUUUCUUGGCCUUCAUUCCACAGUUCAUUCUCAGUUUGAUGACAUGUGGUCAAAGCACUGUACGACUAGCGAAGAAACGACAAGAACUCAAGUUAAGACGGAAGAUGGCGGGGGAUGAAAGCUCCAUGGCAUUGAAUAAAGACUUUCAUACCAAGGACGAAGAGCGCGACUACUCCUAUUACGAAGAUCCCAUGGCCGAUGUGAGUUUGGAAGACUUGCCCCCCAUGCCGCGUGUGCACCAAGAGUCAAAGGUGUUUGAGGAAGAAGGAAAAUCAGGAACUAGACUUCGCGAAUUGGGUGCUAUUGAUAAUCCGUUCAAAAGCCCUCCACAGCAACACGCCUACCCUGCUUCGCCCUACCCCCAUACUGGAUCCUCACCUUCUCCGACGCACGGCCGCUACAGUGCUGUCGCUACAUCUCCGUUCGACGACGAAAAUGCAGCACAUGCUCUUCCACCUCCUCCUUCGGCACCACCACAACAGCAAAUACAAACCCAUUGUACAAAAUCUUAUCCUGGGUUUUUUACUCUUUUAUUUUCACAGCUAUUCUCAUUGAUCGAAUGUAAAUAAACCACCUUUUCAUUCGACUGGAUCAAACAUGGGGUGUGUGUUCGGACAAAUGAACAACGAAACGGUAUGGUGUGGUGUG